AUGUCGAAUAGCAAGUGUAUUAAACAACCGCGUAAGAGUUACGCAAAGGAGCAGCAAGAAAUGACCCAUUCGGAGAAAUUGCGCUUAAUAGAUGACGAAUUGAAUUCUUUCUACAAGUAUUGUCAGCAGGCAGGUUUUACGGAAGAAGAAAUGGAUAUUAUUUGUCAACCAUUGGUGGCAGCGAUGCGACGAUCCUGGUUGCAACUAGUUUUUCGUGGUACUCUUGUGCUAAUAGUCCUUGGCACUUUGGCCUGCCUGGCGGCGCAACUGGACUUCGUUGGAACUCAUUUUACGGCGAUUAGUCGGCUUUUCCUGAUAAAAAUUCUGCCAAUUUGGAAUUGGCAACCUUUAUACUAUGAGAAUUGUAUGAUCAACAAUCCUUUCUACAACGAUCAUAUGAUCACAGAGGACGAUUGUGUGACUUGUGAAGCAUUGGAAACCAUUGACCGCUUAUCAGAUGUGAGAUAUCGAAAUCUUGUGGACAAUUACUUGAGUCGCGAUGCACCUGCAAUCAUCACGGAUGCGAUGGAUUCUUGGACAGUUAUGAAUACAGACUAUUUUUGGUUCGACAAUAUUACUCACCUCUACUUGGAGAAUGAGCGAUUGAUGGAAACGGUGCCUUGCGCUUUGACCUCAAAUUUGAGAACCGGAUCGUCCGAUUUGGCAGCAUUUCUGCGUCGAGUUCAUUCUCCAGAAGUGGCCAAAUGGUUUGUCCACUGGCAAAAUUGCGAUAUCAAUGCGGUAAAGGUACUAAGAAAGUAUUAUCAACGACCGUACUUCCUUUCGAGUACAGUCUCGCCAGCGCACUUCAAUUGGGUCCUGAUGUCUUCGGAUUACAACAGUCCGAGUUACAAAAAGGUUGAAUUGGAUUCUGGACUGAUCGCUCUGGCCCAAUUGCGAGGAGCUACGCAGCUUCGUUUGACACCUAUAAAUCCGUGUAACAGCUCGUGUCCCGAAUUAAUAGCGGAUUUGCAUCAAGGUGAAAUGUUGGUUUUCACCAAUUUAAUGUGGACAUUGGAGUAUGCACCGAUGAGAGGGCUGGACAACAUUGCGAUCUUGACCGAAACCGUUUGGGAGGAGGAUACGUAGAUUGCGGUUUUUCGAACUCUAUACGUACUUACAUAUAUUAUGUAUACAUAUACACACAACCGUUUUGUUGCAAAAAUUAUUACCCAGAAAAAGAAUUUAAAAUCAUUGCACACGAAUGCAUGAUUAUAC